UCACAUUCCUGCAUUCCCUUUGCCUGUGUCAGAGCCCGGUGUCUGCCUGAAUUGGGCAGGCUGGCCAAGAGUGGGGCGUCCAGCGGAGCCCCCCCUUUUCCUGCCCCCUUUCUCCCCCUGGGGCCCAUGACCCUCCCACCAGGCAUCUGACCUUGGACCCCUCCCCUCCCUCCCUUCCUUCUUCCCUGGAUCCUGCCUCCUUCCUCUUCCUCGGAGCCUUGGUUCUUCCAACAAGGCUGCACCCGCUCUUGGUUCGUUUCCGCAAGUGAUGGAAAAUUCGUCCGUGGCUUCUGCCUCGUCUGAGGCCGGGAGCAGCCGUUCGCAGGAGAUCGAGGAGCUGGAAAGGUUCAUCGACAGCUACGUUUUGGAAUAUCAAGUCCAAGGCUUGCUGACCGACAAGACGGAGGGGGACGGGGAGAGCGAGAAAACGCAGUCGAAUGUCUCGCAGUGGACGGCCGACUGUAAUGAACAGAUCGAGGGGAACAGCUCCACCUCCAGAGGCAAAGGGUCCAGACCUCACAAUCAAAACCAGGGUUCAGGGCAGCAAACAACAACAAUCGUAAACAGCCAAAACAUCCAUAAUCAUAGUAUCACAAAUAAGCAGCAUGAAUAA